GCAGUAAUAUUAUUAUAGGGAUGGGGGGGGAUAUAAUUUGUUUAUACAAUUAUUUAUUGGAUUAUGUACAGAGUACCAAUAAAAAGACUUUGAGCAACAACAAAAAAAACGCAGCUCUGCAAACACUUCUCCACGAGCAUGUGCUCAUGUAUUGUUAAGCAAUUUAAUCAUGAAAAUUGACAACAUUUAUACAGACAUUUGUUUGAGAAAUUCAAAAAGAGAAACAUUUAAAACUCCAGUUUAAUUGCAUGUUAAUUGGAAGGAUUCUGUAUAGCCACGUGACCAGGAGUCCAGUUCUGUACUGGUCAGAUUUGAACCCCUUGUAUCCGGACUCCCCAGUAGUUUACUGCAGGAUUAAAGUGUCAACUGGUCACAGGUGGUGGAUAUAGAGGGGAGGGUAAUGAUCACUGUGGACACUUUUCUCAAACGAAAAAUGUCCUCACAGACGUCCAGACGGAAUAGUUGCCGUGGAGUCUCGUGUGGAAACCGGGCAUCAUUAUUAUCAUCCUCCUCCUCUGAGAGCCAUGUCCGCCGCCGGAGCUCCAGCUGUUCUAACUUCUCCUCCGGAGCUCAACCGGAGCAUUUCUCCGUCAGGCUGAGCCAGCCGAUGUUCACCAUAACGCUCCGGUUUCUGCUGGCGAUAGACCUGUGGCUGUCCAAGCAGCUCGGAGUGUGCGCCUGUGAGGAGUCUCCGUGGGGAGGAAUAAGACCCUUAGUGAGGCUGCUGGAGUUCUCCGGUCACUUCAUCACCUGGCUCACCGGCACCGUGUACACUCUGCUCCGGGGAGCCAGUGAGGAGGAGCAGGAGAUCAUGCUCAAUCUGGCUCUGGCUCUGCUGUUGGACCUGCUGCUGGUCAGAGUUGUGAAGACUCUGGUCAAACGUCGUAGGCCUGCACAGAACCGCUCCGACAUCCUCUCCGCCUUCUUCGUGGAGCGUUACUCCUUCCCCUCGGGCCACGCCACACGGGCGGCCAUGUGUGCCCGGUUCCUCCUAGCCCGGCUGGCGGACACGACGUCCAUGCGGGUCCUAGUGGUGGGUUGGGCCGCUCUGGCGAGCCUGUCCCGGCUGCUGCUCGCCAGACACUAUGUGACAGAUGUGGGCUUUGGCUUGGCUAUGGGUUACUGCCAGUAUAGUCUAGUGGAAAGGUUGUGGGUGAACUGGGACUGCCUGCAGGACCUGCUGCACAUGCGGCUGACAGAGAGCCUCAACAGGGCUUAUGAUGGACUCUGGCUGGCCGAUUGGAAACAUUAGGUUCGGUGGAACUGUGUGUGUCAGCCUCAUAGACUAUAUAUAAAGAUGGAUGACACAUCUGUGUGUGUGUCAAGUGAAGCCAAAAUAUUCCGGAUACGAGAGCUGCCAUCUUGAGAUCUUGACGUCAUUUGGAGCCAUAGUCUGCUCAGUAGUGAUCAGGUGGUAGCGAUGCGUUAUCGAGGUCACCCGCCCGAACCAAUCGCGAGCCGAGCACGGCCGUAGCUUGUCAGCGAGAGAGACUCACAGCUGUCAAUCAUGACGUCUCACCCCCUUUUUAUAGCACCAAAUAACUAAUUAAAACCAAACUUAUCAGAAAAAUGAACACUUGAACAUACAUCAGUGUAAGAACUACCGAAAAUGACGGAAACCAUCUUUGGGAAAAAUUAUUUGACGUGUACUUUGACUUUUAAGUUUGGCCCAUGUCCUAUCUGCUAACAUGGAGGGGGCGGGGUCUAUGACCUAUACUGCAACCAGCCACCAGGGGGCGAUCCAGAUGUUCUGGCUUCACUUUUGGGGAGCUGUCAUGUUGUCCAUCUUUAUAUCCAGUCUAUGGUCAGCCUGUAUAUGGGGAAAAUGUGUAGCGUGAGUGUGUGCAAUUCAGAAAUCCCUUGCUGUUAUCUUUAUUAUUUAUUGGAUUAUAUAAAAAUUACUUUGUAUACUUAUAUUUUGUUUAUCUAUAUCCGUUUUUAUGUGUAUUUGUGUUUGAGUGGACAUAUUGAAAUGGCUGGCUGGGUAGUCACUGACAGGUUAAAGCAUAUCACAUUAUUAAGAUGCACAUGCAGCUUGUUUGCACAGUGGUGUUGAUGAUGCAUGGACUUAAUCUUACAAUGCGGAAACCAAAGCUGAAUUUAAUCAGAGCCUUUUUUUUUUAUAAAAAGCCAAUUAAAGUAAA